UAGUCGGCGCGAGUCUGUGUCAGACGAUCGCAAUCGCGGUGUCGAAGACGACCCGGCAGCCGUGACAUCGUCUCCGAGUAAUUAGAGACCAGACUUUCGUACGACCGUUGCGAUGCAGGCUAAGGAGAGGACACCAAAGACGAAAAGGGUUUCCCUGGGAGUCGGUGGUGCCCUGGUGGAGCUAGCUCAGGAUCCCGAACGUGGUAGCUGGGCCAAUCCCAUCGAGUUUGUUCUAUCCUGCAUCGGGUAUGCCGUUGGCAUUGGCAAUGUUUGGCGUUUCCCUUACCUUGUAUAUCGUAAUGGCGGUGGUGCCUUUUUAAUUCCAUUUGUUCUAAUGCUGUUAACCAUGGGAUUGCCGAUAUUUUUCUUGGAGCUGGCUAUCGGACAGUAUUCCGGACUCGGUCCUAACGAAGCGUUCACACGUAUGGCGCCGGCACUCGAGGGCCUCGGUUACUGCACCCUCGUCGUCAUUUUACUCGUUAUGGUCUAUUACAUGGUAAUCGUGGCCUGGACACUUUUCUAUACGUUCGUCUCGUUCGUGCCGAAGCUCGGUUGGGCCUACUGUGACAACGAUUUCAACACGAACGAUUGUUACAGUGGCCUGCAAGAGAUUCAGUGUCAAACGGAUGAUCCGGAAACGAUAUUUUACAACAAGACUUGCAUGAAAGCGCAGCGGAUCUGCAGGAGCUUCGGUUUCGAGGAUGGCAACGUCACGCAUUGUUUCGACGAUAACCUAGCGGAACCGCUUCGACAACUUUACACUCGCGUCCUUUCCUCGGAGGAGUAUUUCAACGACUAUGUAUUGGGUCUACGAGGUGCCACGUGGGAACAUUUCGGAGGCAUAAGAUGGGAAUUGUUAGGAUGUCUCACUCUCGCUUGGGUAAUCUGCUUCCUCUGCCUCAUGCGUGGUGUCCAGUCCAUUGGGAAAGUCGUCUACUUCACCGCCCUUUUCCCUUAUGUCAUGCUCACAGCGCUACUGAUACGAGGUGUUACAUUGGACGGUGCUAGCGAAGGUUCUCUUUGGUUUAUUACGCCGAAAUGGUCAACACUGGAAUCAACCGGCGUAUGGGCAGAUGCUGCAUCCCAAGUUUUUUAUUCCCUUGGUAUCGGUUGCGGGUCUUUGAUCACACUUUCCAGCUACAGUAAUUUUAAUAACAAUUGCCACAGGGAUGCCGUUUUCGUGACGUUGACGAACCUGGCAACGUCGAUUUUCGCCGGUUUCGUUAUUUUCUCCAUUAUGGGAUUCCUUGCCUAUCAAAUGGGAAUACCGGUCGACGAUGUGAUCAAAAGCGGGGCCGGGCUGGCUUUCAUCGCAUACCCGGAAGCCGUGGCGCGGAUGCCGCUGCCCAAUCUCUGGGCAGUACUGUUUUUUGUCAUGCUGUUCAUCCUAGGUAUCGGUAGCCAAUUCGCAGGCGUGCAGGCGAUAAACACCGCCAUAUUGGACCUGCGACCAGAUUUACGAAAACACGAGGUAUACGUGGUAUUAGCGAUAUGCGUCACUUGCUGGCUCCUUGCUAUACCGAUGGUGUUCGACGGCGGUAUUUACCUGUUCACGCUGAUGGACUGGAACACCGCUUCUUGGGCGAUACUAUUGAUCGGCAUUGCCGAGGUCGGUGUGGUAGGCUGGUGUUACGGCUGCAACAAAUUCCUGCGUAACAUAGCUGAAAUGCAAAUGCGGUUCAGCCUUUUGCUCCGCAGAUAUUGGUGGCUCAGCUGGGUUGUGCUCGCGCCUAUCACUUGUCUGGCGGUGUUCGUGUAUCAAAUAUGUACGUACGAGAUGCCUCGUUAUGGCGAGUACAUAUUCCCCGGCUGGGCGAAUGCGAUCGGAAUACUGAUCGGCCUGUCGACCCUCGCCCCGAUGCCGUUCUUUUUCAUCCGCCGCCUCUGGAAAGGCCCGAGGGACUGCAGUUUGUUUCGACCAAAGAAGACAUGGGGACCGGCGAUGGUAAAGGGUACGGGUAACGACAGCCCGUCCACGGCGUCCAUCAAGAUCUAACAACUGUAGGGAAACGAACCGCAGGAGGGUUACAUUUAACGAGGUUAACAAAAUCGUCCUCUUUUUACACGAUUCUAGUCACGUUAACGCGAAUGUUAAUCUUCCUAUCCAAGCGUUCGAAAACGCUCUCUUCGCUACCUACUGUAUCCUCAAUUUCCUCUUUCCCUAGUUUCUCCCCACAGUUCGCGAAUAUUUUACUGUAGAAUCACCGGCGACAGAAGUUAGACAAAGCUCACGUCAAAGAAAUUAAAGUUUAAGGAGAAAUCUUUCUACAUUUAUCAUACAGAAUACUGAAAAUACUAAAGAUACUAAAACUUUUAUCUUUAUAUUUCUAAAUCUAGAGUUUUUAGAUUCUGUAAUUUAUGAGUCUAAAUUUUCGACAUUUUAAAUUUCAACAAUUCUAAAUCCAAAGUUUCUAAAUUUUAAAUUCCUAGAAUUUCUGUAAAAAGAUCACGAGUUGAUUUUAACUUGAGUUUUACCACGCUGAUGGUUUUAAUUUUAAUUAUAGAAAGUUGAAGAAUAACGAGAGAAUUAUUGCCUAUUUCUAGUUCUAAUGAAAUUUCCAUCAAACUCUAUUUCUAUCAAAUAAGAUUAAUUCUUGUGACAGAACCAGCGACAAACAAAGCAUAAAUCCUAUUUCAGGGAAAUUAAAGGGAAUAAGAAAUGUAGUAUAGCAUCUAAUUUAGUAAAGAUCA